AAAACAAGAAUUAGAGGACGUGAAUUUGAAGUGAUGUUUGAGCUACAUCACAUUUGUCCCACUAUCCUUCUGGGCAUUUGGAAUCAGCUUGAGGUCUUCAUGUUAGAGCAUUCAGACAGUCCAAACAAGAAAAUUACCCUCACACUCCUGGCACACAUGUUUUCUGAAGUGGAUUCUGACUUUGUUAUUAAAUAUAGACGCCUCUGGAACAAUUUUAAAAAUUGUGUGAAUGAACCAUCGUCAUUUGGGCGAUCAUUAAUAGUUAAGUGGGCACCAAAAUUCCUGGUCAAUCAGCCUGAUUUGUGUGAAGAUAUAAUCCACAUCCUUCAGCGUCGAUCAUGUGACAAUGAGACUACAAUCAGGUUUGGUGUAGUGAAAGCUAUAAACAAGGCUACAAAGAAAAACCUUGAUAUUCUGCACCAUUCAGCUCUUCUUGAUAUUUUGAAGGAUAGUUUUUGUGACAGAAGUGAAAUUGUGCUCAAAGAAGCACUGAUUACUUUGGGGCUGUUAUAUGGAAGGAUUACUGAUGGCAACUCUCCUGGCAUGAUGAUGAAAGCCAUAUGGAUUGCAAAUACACUGAUGCAUCUGUACAUUGCUCCAUAUGAUCUGAAUAUUUACAUACCUCACAUUGAGAAGGUGAUUGUGAAGUGUCUGGUACCAUGCAACCUGCCUCCAGACCAGAGGAUGUGGAAACUUCUGCAGUUGUGGUGUCUGUUUGAUGAUGAAUCUCGCACCAAUUUUCAUCACAGUCAAGAAUUAAAGAGAAGAGCUUAUGGAACUACACUGCAGCUCCUCUCCUUGUACCAACAGCCUCCUGAUGAUAAACUGCCAUAUAAACAAGUAGAAUGGCAUAGAGAAAUGUUAGCAGGGAAGCUCUCUCUGACUAUGGGGAAUCAGAGGGAAGCACAUCAUAGACUUUUGUUGCUAGUGAAGGAACUGGCAACAAACAGGAAACUGUUUGAAUUCUUGCAGAACUAUGUGAAUGAGACUAACACCUGUGAGGACUAUGAACGUCUGUGGUCAGAAAAUCAGGAUGUACUUACAUACACAAGUGAGAGUAAGAAGAGAUCACUAACUUUAAAACGAAGUGUUCUCACAAAGGAAUCAAUAAUCCUGAUUGUGAAGAGUUUGUGUGCCAAAGUUGCUUGUUUCUUGGUUGAUAAAGGGACUAUUAAGGAAUUGCUGAAGUUGGUGAUCAACUGUGUCACUAGUAGUGACAUAGCAGAGGACCUUCACCUAGCUAGGACCACAGUGGGAAAACUAGCAGUUGAACUUCUGUAUGAAUAUUUUUAUUUAAUGCCACAUUUGGCAUUUCAAGAUGACUCCACAAUGGACCAGCUGCUGUUUCUUCUCACAGUAGACAGUCACAAAUACAGUCUUCCUGCAAUGAAGAUUUUCAUCACUCUGUCUGCAUAUAAACCCUUGGGUGAGGUAUACCCUGCGAUUGUGUCUGAUCACCUUGUCCCAGUGUGGCAUGCAUUUGCCACAUUUGGCACUCCAGCACAAGCCAAGUUAGCCAUCCGUUGCCUGUGUAGCCAUACUGUGGAGCCAGUCAUCACCCACAUCUUGGCGGAAUUUACGGGACUACUGGACAUACACAGUAAACAUUAUUUGACUAGAGAAGUUGCUGUGAGCCACUUUGCCAGAUACCUGCCCAACUACACUGAUACAAGAUGCAUUACUUAUGUCACAGAGAUGUGUCAUGAGCUAGUAGAGACAUUAAUAAUUCAAGAUUCAGAAGAUGAAAGUGCUGAUGAAGCUGAGUGGUAUGAAAAGGAUUGCCUUCCAUAUGAAACAAAAUGUAAGGUUGAGGCCCUCAAAGCACUGACUCGACUGACCAUCAGAUUGCGUGAGACACCAUACACAGAGAGGACACUAACCAUUCUUAGCAAGAUUGUUGAAAAUGGUGGUGCUUAUGCCAGCACAAACAACCUCAGCACUGCUACAAAGGCAUGGCUCCGGCUGACAGCAGGAUGUGCCUUCCUCAAGAUAUGUGAUAUUCCAUGUAUAUAUGCAAAGCAAGUUCAGAAGACAUAUUUCUUCAGGAUGGCACUACUUAUGAAUGAUGAAUCAGAGUCUGUUCGACGUCUGUUUGUGGAGAAGCUGCGUGAGAGACUGAUGCAGUGGGAACAGCAAAGAUAUGGUCUGCCCAGCAUGUUCAUAUCUUACUUUGUACUGGCUGGUACUGAGGAGGCUGAGGAUGUCAAGUCGUGUGUGUUAGACGCACUGAACCUAUGUGUUCAGGACAAACGGCAACAAGUGUGGAGUCUUGUGUGUGUCACAAGAUUGUUCAGGAAUGUGUCCCACUUAUUGACACGCUGUCAACAAGCUGUGCCAGAAUUUUGUGUCCAAACAGCAAUACAGAUAGUGGCAAGAUAUGUAUUUGAUUUCACUGAUGAAACCUCAGCGCACCGGGCUUAUACAUGCCUGUCAUUCCUGUUGAAUUCAUUACUGAGCAGCAAGAAUGGUAAAUUUGGAUUGCUGGCUACUGACUUCUAUGUUAAAUUAUUUGCUCUUAUGAGGUCCUGCAAGAAUGCAGUUACUCUGGAUGAUGAAGAGCUUAAUAAGAAAAUUUGGGCUACUUGUGAAAUUGGUGAAUACCUUCUGUCUACGGUGAACCCAGGAGUGAAUAAUGAUGCUGAAGCACCAGUGCCCAUUCUUGAUGAAACAUUUCAGAAAAUUGAUCCCAACAUUGACAACACAGAAAUAAAGUACUUGACAAGAAACAUGGUGAAGCUUCUAAAUAUGACAGUGGAUUCACAGUUGGCCGGUAAAUUUGAAGACGUAGAACUAGAGGCUGAGGGCGAGGAAUGCACCUCUGAUGAUGAAGAGGUGGCUGUGUUUUAUCCAAAUAAAGGUGAAUAUGAGAUUCAGUUGCAAGAUAGACAGAGGACAGAAUCAACACAUAUUACUUCAGAUGAUGAAGCAUCUCCAAGAUCCAGAAUGCAACUGCAAAUGUCCAGGAUUCAGAAUAUGGCAAAGAAGAGAAGGAGUUCUACAAAAUAAAAAUGAGAGGAUAAAUGAGUUCAGUGAUGGAUCAAAAUUGCAAGAAGAGCAGAUUGUUAACAAACUCUGCCUUCAAACAGUUACCAGUUCAGAGUGUUAUCAUUGCUUUACAGUCCACACAGCUAAUUUUGUUAUUCCUACUUGCUCUUGAUUUUGGAAUAAUUAUUAUAACUCUUUCAUUGAAUUAUGGAAAGGUUGUUGUCCUUGAGUAUACAUAUCAGUAUUUGCAACGCUUUCAAGUUUUUUCUUCAAUGUGGCCACUUCUAAUAACCACUAUUUGUAAAGAUCUAUUGUGCAUAAGUAUGUGGAAAUGUACCAGAAAAUAUUUUAAAGUAACAAAGUGUACAUGUUCUCUGAAGAAGUUAGGUGUUUUUUUAUAACAUUAUAAUAUUUAUGUCAAAGAUAAAAAUGUAUUAAUUGUCUUAUAACAGAAUAUACUGAGUAGCUCUGGGGUCCAUAGUGCUCUUUCCUCAGAGACUGAAAUUUGAAGUUGCCAUCUGUAUUAUUCAGAGGUUUAUGUUAAGUUUUUCAAUCACAACCACGUCAUACCUUCAUGCUGUGGUGCUUAGAAACAGGGAUAUCAUUGCAUUCACUUUAUUGUCACAUAAAGUAAAUCAGUUUAUUUUCUAAAUGUUGGAGUGAUUUAUUUAUAUAUGUUCUAUUUCAAAGUUGCAAUCUUAUAGUGUUUUCAUAAUCUUAAUUAAGCUAGUGUUUGCUUUUGUGAGACAUUGAAAUAAAUAUAUGAUCUUUGCCCAAA